AUGGCGAUUCUGCAGACCAGUAUCCUGUACAGUCUACUCCUCCUUCAAAGUGCUCAGAACACGGUAGCAACGCGGGAUGACCUUCGCUAUGUCAAUCCCCUGAUUGGGUCAACCAAUGGCGGCAACGUCUUCGCAGGCGCAAGUCUGCCCUAUGGCAUGGCAAAGCCUGUCGCCGACGUCGGCGGCCAGAAUACGGGAGGCUUUUCCACUGAUGGGAGCAAGGUCACUGGCUUCUCGCACAUGCAUGACAGUGGCACAGGCGGGAACCCCUCUAUGGGCAACUUUCCUCUGUUCCCGCAGUAUUGCGAAGACAAUAUCGUGGAUAAUUGCAAGUUUCCUAAAUCGGCUCGUGCAAUUCAUUACAAGAAUGACUCCGUGGUAGCAAAGCCUGGCUACUUUGCUUUGACGCUUGAAAGUGGGAUAAAGGCUGAGAUGACGGCGGAGCGGCGCACGGCUCUGUACCGUUUUACUUUCCCCCGAAGCCGGGCAGCGGAUGGAAGUGAUUUGAAUCCGUUGAUUUUGCUGGAUUUGACCGAUUUGUGGGAUAGCCGGCAGAAUGCUUCCAUUAGUCUGGACGCUGAUAGCGGCCGGAUCAAAGGCAAUGGGACUUUCUUGCCAAGUUUUGGAGCUGGCUCGUACAAGUCUUAUUUCUGUGCUGAUUUUGUCAAUGCUGAGGUCAAGGACAGCGGGAUCUGGGUCAAUGACCGAGCUGGUCCGGUACAGGACUUGUUUGUCACUCGCGGCUUCAACAACUUCUACCUCCAGGGUGGAGGUUAUAUGACCUUUGACCGUCCACACGAUGGCAUUGUGACUGUGCGCGUAGGCGUCAGCUAUAUCAGCACGGAUCAGGCUUGUAAGAAUGCGGAAUCAGAAGUACCGGAUUCAGAGGAUGCUUUUGACGAUCUGCGCAAAAAUGCAGAGAACGAGUGGAAGCAAAAGCUCAGCCCUAUCAAGCUCACGCCAGGAGGUGUCAGCGACGAGAUGAUUAGCAGUUUCUGGAGCGGCAUCUAUCGCACCAUGUUAUCGCCCCAGGAUCUGACUGGAGAGAACCCACUUUGGAAAAGCGAUGAACCAUACUUUGACUCCUUCUACUGCCUGUGGGAUGCUUUCCGUGCGCAGCACCCUUUCCUCACUAUUAUCGAUCCACAAGCACAGUCAAAGAUGGUUCGAAGCUUACUCGACACCUUCAAGCAUGAGGGGUGGCUGCCCGAUUGUCGCAUGAGUCUUUGCAAAGGCUGGACACAGGGUGGUUCCAAUGCGGACGUUGUCCUUGCAGAUGCGUAUGUGAAGAACCUCACCGGCAUUGACUGGGAGCUUGCCUACAAGGCCAUGGUCAACGACGCAGAGAAUGAGCCACUGGAGUGGUCAUACGAAGGGCGUGGAGGUCUGCAAAGCUGGAAACGCCUCAACUAUGUCCCAUAUCUGGACUUCGACUACAUUGGCUUUGGUACCAAUUCCCGGAGCAUCUCGCGGACACUGGAGUACGCUUAUAACGAUUAUGGUUUGGCGAUUGUUGGCAAGGGUCUUGGUAAGAAAGACUACACUACUUAUCUAUCUCGCUCCGGCAACUGGCAAAACUUGUACAAAGAAGAUCAAAAGUCUCUGUUGGAGAAUGGCACGGACACUGGCUUUACAGGUUUCUUCCAGCCAAAAUACAUCAAUGGUACUUGGGGCUACCAAGACCCUAUUGCCUGCAGCGCUCUGGCGUCGUGGUGCUCCCUCACCUCGAACCCUUCAGAGACCUUUGAAUCCAGCAUUUGGGAGUACAUAUUUUUCGUCCCUCAUGACAUGGCAAAAUUGAUUGAGAUGGUUGGCGGCCCGCAGUCCUUCGUGUCUCGAUUGGACUACUUCCACACCUCUGGCUUGGCCGAUAUGGGAAAUGAGCCCGUCUUUUUGACUGUAUAUGAUUACCACUAUGCUGGGCGCCCAGGGCUGUCCGCCAGUCGAGCCCACACUUACAUCCCAUCUUCCUUCAACGCCACCCACAACGGACUCCCUGGCAACGACGACUCGGGAGCUAUGGGUUCAUUCCUAGCAUGGAGCUUGAUGGGCCUAUUCCCAAACCCCGGUCAGAACGUGUACUUGAUUAUUCCUCCAUUCUUCGAGGCCGUCGCCAUUACUCACCCUGAAACCCAUAAAACUGCUACGAUCCGCAACGUCAACUUCGACAAAACCUACAAGAACAUCUUUAUCCAAAGUGCCAAGCUCAAUGGAAAGCCUUACACCAAGAGCUGGAUCGGACACGAGUUCUUCACUCAGGGAAUGACGCUGGAGCUAACGCUCGGGGACAAGGAAAGCGACUGGGGUACACACAAGGAGGACUUACCUCCGAGUUUGAGUGAUUCGGUUGCUGGAUACGAGGGAAUGUAG